CUGUAUCUUUAAAGGAGGGUGCUGUAGGGAAGGGUGAUAGCAGAAGAAUCGUCUAUAAGAGGGACCGGAGGUGGUAGUGAGGGCAUCCCAAGCGGGAGAUGUCAGGAGAGGAUGACUUUUACCUGUUUCAGAAUAUCUCUUCGGUGGGGCCCUGGGAUGGGCCUCAGUACCACCUUGCUCCUGUCUGGGCCUUCCGCCUCCAGGCAGCCUUCAUGGGAUUUGUCUUCUUUGUGGGGACCCCACUCAAUGCCAUAGUGCUGGUGGCCACACUGCAUUACAAAAAGUUGCGACAGCCCCUCAACUAUAUUCUGGUCAAUGUAUCCCUCGGGGGCUUCCUCUUCUGCAUCUUCUCUGUCUUCACAGUCUUCAUCGCCAGCUGUCACGGAUACUUCCUCUUUGGUCGCCAUGUUUGUGCUCUGGAGGCCUUCUUGGGCUCUGUAGCAGGUCUAGUGACAGGAUGGUCAUUGGCUUUCCUGGCUUUUGAACGCUACGUUGUCAUCUGUAAACCCUUCGGCAGCAUCCGCUUCAACUCCAAGCAUGCACUGAUGGUGGUCCUGGCUACUUGGAUUAUUGGUAUCGGGGUGUCCAUCCCACCCUUUUUUGGCUGGAGCAGGUUCAUCCCUGAGGGCCUGCAGUGCUCCUGUGGCCCAGACUGGUACACUGUGGGCACCAAGUAUCGAAGCGAGUACUACACCUGGUUCCUCUUCAUCUUCUGUUUCAUCAUUCCUCUUUCCCUCAUCUGCUUCUCCUACUCCCAGUUGCUGAGGACUCUCAGAGCUGUGGCAGCUCAGCAGCAAGAGUCUGCUACGACACAAAAGGCUGAACGGGAGGUGAGUCAUAUGGUGGUGGUGAUGGUGGGAUCCUUCUGUCUCUGCUACGUGCCCUAUGCUGCCCUGGCCAUGUACAUGGUCAACAAUCGGAACCACGGGCUGGACUUACGGCUUGUCACCAUCCCCGCCUUCUUUUCCAAGAGCUCCUGUGUCUACAACCCCAUCAUCUACUGCUUCAUGAAUAAGCAGUUCCGGGCUUGCAUUCUGGAGAUGGUGUGCAGGAAGCCCAUGGCAGACGAAUCUGACGUGUCUGGCUCUCAGAAAACAGAAGUUUCUACUGUCUCUUCUAGCAAAGUUGGCCCUCACUGAGGCCCCUCAGCUGGCCUGCUAGCAGCAAACACAACGCCACAUUUAAGUAUCUACAUCUCCACUAGAAUCCUAACCAUUAACAGGGGAAAGAUGGGGAGUGGUGGCACUCUGGUGAGUCACCUUCAUUUUCCUGUUACUCUCUGCCUGUAGCAGGGCCACAUGGACCAUUUUAACAGUCACAGUUUCUAAGUGGCACUCUCACCUCUGGAGAACUGUGAGAGAAGGGCUGCGUUUCUGGUGUAUGGGUAACACUUCCUUUUUUGCUCUUUUUUUUUUUUUUUCUCCUCCCUGCUGGGGAUCUGAGAUGAUAUAUCCAGUAUUAGAAUAAGCUUGGCAUGGGGCAGUGCCAAGAAAAGGCAGCAGACACCGGGCACCUGCAGUGAAUCGAAGAGCUUCCUUAUGUGGCCUCUCCCAGUUGCUGCAGUCUGGGCUAUGGCUGCCAGGAUCAGAAUGGCCUCACCUCAUUUAUCUGACACAGAGUUAUUCUAGGUGUUCUCCCCUUCAUUUGGCUAAAUGUAUCCAUUUAAAGCUAUGCGUUGAUUAAAGUUAGUGUCUUAAUCUCUUGAUGUCCUCAAAAUGAAUUUGCAUGUUUCAGUGGCAUUUAUAAAUCAAGCCCAAGUGCUAAAAACAUCUUACUUUAUACCCUCCUUACACCUGCUGCUCCUGGAAAAGGAGCCCCUCGAAACGAAGAAGUGCGUGUUGAGUUAUACGCAAGGAGUGCUGGGUACUGAUAUCAGGCACUGAAGGUAGGAAAGCCGUAGCUGUGAGAAGGAGCCAGAAAUCUCAGGAAUAGCAAAGGACUAAGUGUGAGGGAGAAAUGGAAGUGAUAAAAGAUCACAGAGAUGUAUAUUUAUCUUAGUAACCUGAGGGUUAAAGGCUGGAAUACAGUAAUUCUUAAAGAGGCCCAUUGAUAGGUAAAUGGAGUUGGGAAAAUUCCUUUUCUGACAUUUUAUCAUAGUACCCUAAACCCAUGUCUUUCUUCCUUGGUUCUUUCUUUUUACUGAUUUAUUUCAUGUGCAUCAGCGUUCUGCCAGUGUGUGUGACUAUGUGAGUGUUGGAUCCCCUGACACUGGAGUUACAGACAGUUGUAAGCUGCUAUGUGGGUGCUGGAAAUUGAACCCAGGUCCUGAGGAAGAGCAAACAGUGCUCUUAAAUGCUGAGCCAUCUCUUCAGCCUCUUCUUGGUUUCUUGAGACAGAGUCUCUCUAUGCAGCCUUGGCUGACCUGGAAUAUAAUCACAUUUCCAAGAGAAUAAAAGACACAUAAGCCCUU